AUGGUCAUCUGCACCCGCCGCGGCUGCGGCGUCGACUACGACCCGGCCUCGGACGCCGCCACGACGAGCGACGCCUGCCUCCACCAUCCGGGCGCACCCGUCUUCCACGAGGGCAUGAAGUCCUGGUCCUGCUGCAACACGACAAGCAAGCCGGUGCUCGAGUUUGACCAGUUCCUCGCCAUACCCGGCUGCGCCACCGCACAGGGCCACACCGCCGAAAAGCAGUCGGUCCCCACCGUCAAGAGCGGAAAGGUUGUCGAUCCACAGGCACUAGAGGAGCAGCAGCAGCAGCAGCAGCAGCAGGCCGCUUCUUCUUCGGCCAAUCAGCAGGCCGUCACGCAGCCCCUCUCUGGCAACACGCUCGCUGCCGCCACCAACGCAAAACACGCGGCCGCGGCAAAGGCGGGCAGCAGCAACGCCAAUGACGCCGCGACCGCCUGGAGGGAAGUCGAGGACCCGCAGGACAAGACCGACGUACAGAUCCCCGCCGGCGCAAAGUGCAAGCGCUCUGGCUGCGCAUUCGAGCAUCCCGGCGGGGCGAGGCAGAGGCAGACCGAGGAGUGCAGGUACCACAGGGGGUCCCCCAUCUUCCACGAGGGCAGCAAGGGCUGGUCCUGCUGCAAGCGGCGCGUUCUCGACUUCAACGACUUUCUCGCCAUCGAACCAUGCACGACGUCGACAUCGGGACACCUCCUCUUUGGCGCCUCGGCACCGGCAACCUCGGCCAACGGCUCGGGGGCGGCGGCGGCGGCGGGGACGAGCGGCGAGGAAGCCGUCGACUGCCGGAUGGACCACUACGAGACGCCCAACGACGUCCGGCUGACGGUCUACGCCAAAAACGUGCAGUCGGAGCGCUCGCGCAUCGCCUUCCGCGCCGAUGCCGUCGAAUUCGACCUCGUCCUGCCCGCCCUGCCCACCUCGGCCAGCGGCAACGCGCGCAGGUUCACAAAGACCCUCGCCCCCUUUUCCGACAUUGACCCGGCCGCUUCGAGCUUUGUCGUGUCCAAGUUCAAGGUCGACCUCGUCCUCGUCAAGGCCCAAAAGGGCCAGAGCUGGCCCGCCCUCGAGCGCGGCGAUAAAGUCGUCGGGUACGGAUUGACGUUUGGUAGGGACAAGGACAAGUAG